AUGUCUGAAGUUACCCCCCUCGCCGAGCUGCUUGGGUAUGCCUUCUAUUAUUUUGAACGCAUUAAACCUCUACUCCCUACCUACGGGCACCUGCUUGUUGCUGCCCUGUUUCCGAUCUGGAUUGGCGCUCAUGCCUCCCUCUCACGUCCCUCCUCCGCCACCAAACCGCCCAAAAAAGAUACCGAGAAGGACGGGCAGGACACAGAUGACGAGGAAGCGGAUGAGGAGUCCGGUCCAGUCCAGAAGAUGGAGGGAUUGGAGCCUUCGGAUGCUCUAAUGUUCCCAUUGACAGCUGGGCUUACACUUGGUGGAUUAUAUCUUGUCAUCAAAUGGUUAGAAGACCCAGCUAUCUUAAACAAGAUCCUCAGCUUCUAUUUCUCCCAGAUGGGCGUGUUCUUUGCGAUUGCAUUUGUGAAGGAUGCCCUCCUGAUCCUCCGAUCGUUUAUCUUCCCACGAUACUACCGCUAUCGAGGCCAGGUUUGGCACGCCGAGCAACGCAGGCGUAUGUUUAUCACUCGAGCGACAGACGGAUCUGAAGAUGCAGAAGGCACCCGACUUUCACCCCUGCCGGGUUUGUUGAGCACAAUCCCCUUGCCCAGAAAGAUGAUGCAUAUUAUGUGGACCUGCCGAAACGUCUCAUACCAAAGACUUCAGUUGCGAGCUCAUAUCCGUGGUGUAUUUGAUGUCAAAACCCUCGUGGGUCUGCUGGAUCUCCUCAGCGGGAUCUUUGCUCUUUCGGCUGUGGGGUACUUUGCCUUUGUGACCAAACCAUGGUGGUUAACCAAUUUCUUGGGGUUCAGUUUCUCAUACGGAGCCUUGCAGUUCAUGUCCCCAUCAACCUUCUGGACCGGUUCACUGAUCCUGGGCUCAUUGUUCUUCUACGACAUCUACUUUGUCUUCUUUACCCCGCUGAUGGUCACCGUUGCAACCAAACUCGAUGUGCCCAUCAAACUUCUAUUCCCUCGACCCCCUAGUCCCGGUGAGGCUCCGGAUGCCGUGUCACUGGCUAUGCUCGGCCUGGGAGACAUUGUCAUUCCGGGCAUGAUGAUUGGCCUAGCGCUACGUUUUGAUCUCUUCCUCUACUACCACAGGAAAACCAUUCAAAUUGCAACAAUCUGUGGCUCUAACGCAGAGAGUGACAAAGCCGAGUAUCAACGAGCAACUGGGUCAUGGGGGGAGCGCUUUUGGGCGCCCACCAUAAUACCACAGGAGCCAGAACUCAAGCCACCGUAUCAUGAUGCCAGAUCGUUUCCAAAGAUUUACUUCAAGGCCAGUAUUGUUGGCUAUGUUGUGGGUAUGGUCACUACUCUGCUCGCUAUGCAGUAUUCGAACCACGCUCAGCCUGCUCUUCUAUACCUUGUUCCAGGCGUCCUCACUUCCCUCUGGGGCACUGCAUUCGUUCGAGGCGAGACUUCCCUGAUGUGGAAUUUCUCAGAUGCUGAUGAGGAAUCUGAGGAGGAGGGUGAGGGCGCUGCCAGCAAUGAGAAAGCAGAAGGUCCUGGUAAAAAGGAUGAAAAUGGCAACGUCAUUCAAAAACCGAAAAGUCUUUUUAUGCGCAUCCUUUCAGGUGACCUUAAAUCAUUGACAGGCGUCUCUGACAGCUCCGCACAGCAAGAUGCUCAAAGUUCAAAGGCGCAUGAAUCCACAAAAAAGCCGACCAAGGCUGUGGAAGACGAAAGGCCCCAGGCUUCCGAGACAGAUUCCAGCCAGAGAAAAGAUGCUGAUGACAACCGAGAUCUGAUUCUCUUAUCAAUCUCUUUCCCGCUUAAAACACGAAGCAAAGCUGAACAAGGCUCUCCACAGCAUUCAAAUACCGAGAAGAACGGGAUGGCGACCAUUCCCAAGAUCGAGGAACUGGACGAGGAGCCCCCACUGAAGAAAAGGCGAGGGACGCCUAGAAAGCCUGUUACGCAAUGA